AUGACUCCCCAAAAGGACAUCGAUAUCGCCAUUGUUGGUGGAGGUAUUGCAGGCCUUACACUCGCCAUCGCCCUUCAUCACCGCGGUGUCCCUUUCACUCUCUACGAACAAGCACCCGCUUUCGGUGAGAUUGGCGCUGGCGUGUCUUUCACUCCGAGUGCGGUCCAGGCGAUGAAAUGCUGCCACGACGGCAUUUACGCCGCAUUUGAGAAAGUCUGUACUCGAAACGAGUGGGAAUCCAAGCAAAAACUCUGGUUUGAUUAUCACGAUGGUUACAACACUCCCCCUGGCCAUUCAUUCCCAAUCUCCAACUCCCUGGGUCAGAGGGGAGUUCAUCGUGCAGAGUUUCUGGACCAACUUGUCAAUCUCAUCCCUCAGCAUGUGGCAAGAUUUAACAAGGUUCUCACGAGCAUUAGCGACGCUGCCAAUGGCAAGUUGGUCAUGGAAUUCCUUGAUGGAACCACUGCAGAAGCCGAUGCCAUUAUCGGUUGCGAUGGUAUUAAGUCCCGAGUCCGGCAAGAGCUAUUUCCGACGUCUAAUCCAUCAUAUUCUCACAAGUACGCGUAUAGAGGCUUGAUACCGAUGAACAAGGCGAUCGAGGCUGUCGGAAACGAGAAUGCGCAAAACGCAUGCAUGUAUAUGGGACCAGGGGGGCACGUUCUCACUUUCCCUGUAAAGUCAGGCACGGUGAUGAAUGUCGUGGCUUUCCACACAUCCGAGGAGGAAUGGGAAGACAGUGAAAGAAACGUCCGAACCGCGACCCGAGCGGACGCUCUCCACGACUUUGCUGGCUACGGUGAAGACGUUAACAAGAUUUUGCAGUUGAUGGACGACAAGUUGAACGUGUGGGCCAUUUUCGACCUCUACGACAACCCAGUCCCUUCGUUCUAUCAAGGGAGGGUCUGUAUAUCUGGUGACGCCGCACAUGCGACAUCUCCACAUCACGGCGCUGGGGCCGGAUUCUGCAUCGAAGACAGCGCCAUCUUAGCUGCACUGCUAUCCCACGAGUCGGUUAACUCGCCCGCUGACAUCGAGCUGGCUUUCGCUGUCUUUGAUGAAUGCAGGCGAGAGAGGGGCCAAUGGCUAGUUGAGAGCAGCAGGUUUAUCGGAGACUGCUAUGAGUGGAGAGCCGAGGGUGUGGGAAGUGAUUUUUCCAAGAUUGAGAACGAGAUCAACGCAAGGAAUAGCAUCAUUUCUGACGUUGAUGUCGUGGAGAUGUGUCAACAGGCAAAGGGCACUUUGUCGAGAAAGUGCAGUAGCCUUACGCGUGAAAUCUCUGCCAACAUGUAG